GGGUGCCCUGGGCGCGCCGCCGCUUCCCCUCCGGACGCAGUUUCGCUUUUGCAUCCAGGCCGCGCGCUUGCUCGCUGCUCCCGGGCUGAGCAGGCGUGAGACCCCUCCUUCUGCAGCAAGUCCUCACUUCGCUUUGCUCGGUGGACGCAGAGAUCUCGGCAGGGCAGAGCGGUCGGCCACGGAUCAUGCCUUCCACCUUUGAGCUUGUGGUCCGGAGUGUGCUCCAAGAGCUGGACCAGAGAGGGGACCUCACCCCAGUGGAUAGCCUUCAGAAGUCUACCAGCUUCAGGCCCUACUACCUGCUCAGCAGGAAGCACCCAAGCUCUUGGUUCUGGAAGCCCCGUUACACAUGUGUCAACCUGUCAAUCAAGGACAUCCUGGAGCCUGAUGCCCCAGAACCAGAACCGGAGUGUGGUGGCCCCUUCCGCAUUGAUGACGCUGUGGAUGGGAAGGCGCAGGGCAGUGUAAAGCUGGAAGCCCCAGGACAAGGGAAGAUCUCAGGUGGGGCUGUGGUCUCUGGGAGUUCCAGUGUUUCAAUCAUCAUGCACACACUGUGUGUGGCUCCAAACACCUGGGAGACCAUGCACCGGGAGAGGCGCCUGCGGCAGCCUGAACACAAAAUCCUACAGCAGCUGCGGAGUCAUAGGAACGAUGUGUUUGUGGUGACAGAGGUGCUGCAGACACAGGAGAAGGUGCAGGUCACUCAGACUCGCAAGAAGGGGGCCUCAGGCCAGUUUGCACUGCUUGGAGCCAUGUGCUUGCAGGGUGAGGGCGAGGGCCACUUGAGCAAGAAGAAGAUGGUGACCAUUCCUGCAGGCAGCAUCCUCGCAUUCCGAGUGUCCCAGCUGCUCAUUGGUUCUAAUUGGGAUAUUCUUCUCGUCCCUGAUGAAAAGAAGAGGACCUUUGAGCAGCCCCCCAAAGGCCACAGAAAUGCAGGUGACCAGCAGCAGCACACAAAACUACGAUUCAUCCAUGAGCAUCUCAGGUUCCUGUCAGAUGGAACCCCUGGGGAAGGAGUGGUCAGUGAAGACUUCCAAGGCUUGGGUGUGGAGGUAGAGGCCGGCUCCUCAGAACUGAAGCACUUGGAAAUGGAGUUGAAGCAACAGCUACUGGUGAACAUAGGGAGGAUCCUGCAGGAUUUGCCCAGCCUGGAAGCCUUGGAGGCCUCACUGGAGCAGGGCUUAUGCAAUGGUGGGCAGGUGCAACCUCUGGAUGGCCCAGCAGGCAACAUCCUCCAGUGCCUGGUGCUUCCCUCUGGAGAGCUGGUGCCACAACUGGCUGCCCCCGUCUUCUACCUGUUAGGAGCACUGACUGUGCUGAAUGAAACCCAGUACCAGCUGCUGGCUAAGAUGCUGGAGACAGGGGUACUGUCAGAACAGCUGGAGCUGGUGGAAAAUCUCUUGGAGCAGAGCACCCCAUGGCAGGAGCAGAGUUCUGUGACCCUGCCCCCCAGGUUCCUUGGGGGCAGCUGGGAUGAGGACGCUCCUGCCUGGGUCUUGCUCGAGGAAUGUGGCCUAGAACUUCAGAUGGACGCCCCCCAGGUGCACUGGAAGCCAAACGCCCAGGGCCCUGUGUGUGCGCUUUACGCCUCCCUGGCCUUGCUGUCAAGACUAAGCCAGGAGCCUUGCUAGCCUACAUGCCUGGGAAGCUCUCCAACCAGGGCAGAAUUGUGCCCAGCCAUUGGCAGCCCUGCUAAAGUCCAGAUCCUAAUUUGACCACAGGGCCAGUAUACCAUGAGGCUCAGGAAUUGGGAAAACUCAAUAAAUGUACAAAGGAAAGACUCA